CGGCCCGGCGUGUGGUGCUAGUGAUCUCGCGGAUCCCCCCGGCACCGGUCGCACCGUCUCACUUGUCAUCCGCGGCCCGACCCGACCCUAUCAGCCGAGCCCAUCCGGCAGCUCCGCGAGCUCCUCGACGGCAGACACCACCGGCCACGAUAUGAAGACCUUCGCUCAGGUGGCAGCCCUCACGGCGCUGCUCGCGCUGCAGGCCUCGGCCUACACCCUGUUCAACACGCAGCCCUACUAUGUGGCCAAGCCCGUCGGCAGGAACACGCAGCCCCAGCAGUGCCAGUCGCUGCCCAGCCCCGUGUUGCUGUUGGCCGAGCGCGCGUGCGGCUCCCCGGGCGCCCUUAGCGAGAUGCCCAUGGUGGUCGUCGCCCAGGACUCGGUCCAGGUGGUGCGCGACGGCCAGGCCCAGGUGCGCGUCGCGGCCCUCAACUCGCAGCUGCCGUACGCCAGCGUGGCGGGCCCGGCCCUGCCGCAGGGUGAUGUGCAGGCGCUCCGCGCCGUGCGCGUCGAGCUGCGCCAGCCCGUGUACAUCUCGUCGCUGCAGAGCACGAUCCCCUUCCCCGACUCCUUCAUCGUGGUCCACGGCGUGGACGGCGGCGCCGCGCCGCUGGCCAUCCGCACCGUCCUGGCCCCGGUCCCUGCCGGCACCGUCCUCUCGCCCGCCCUGCCCAUCGCCAUCAAGGUCCUGUACGCCGUGCCGCUCGACCCCUUCAACGCCGCCCUGCAGCACCAGAGGCAACCAGUGUUCAACAACUACUACGAGUCCAACUUCUACGCGGACGCCCCUCUGUACCAGCCCCAGCCUGCCCUCCCCUCCGACUACCUGGGAUACGGUCUCGGAGAGCAGCAGCACCAGCUCCUCCUGCCCCAGCGCCAGCCCCAGCAGCAGUUCCAGGUGCACUUCCAGCCCAGACCCCAGUACCAGAUUCAACAGUUGCCCGCCCAGCAGUACCCCUCCCAACAGUACCCUGCCCAACAGUACCCGAUCCAGCAGCAGCAGCCCCAGCAGACGCCUACUCAGCGCCCUCCCCUGCCCCCGGUUCAGAACGUAGGCACGCAGCAACAGAACAUCCAGCAGCAACAGCAGCAACCCUUCGGCCCGCCCCAGGCCGUCCAGGCUGACGGCUCCAACAAGCCCGGCGCACCCAUUGUCACCAUCCUUGACUUCCCGUCCGCCGUUGCUACCCCCGACACCCUCUUCUACCAGCCUGAAGACCCCGAAUCCGAGCUCGGCAACAGGCGGCCUCCCCAGGCUGUUAGCCCCGCCGGUAUCGUGCAGUCCACGCAGCCGCAGCCCAACCUGUCCGUGUUCGUCAACUCCAAGGAGUCCGCCAUCCUGCAGGGUCUUCGCGACGAGUCCGAGAAGCAGACCGCCAACCGCCUGGUGCAGGCCGGGCUCAGAGGGUUGCCCGCGCCCCGGCCCCAGGAGCAGGUCAACCCGGAGCUGGAGAGCGUGUCCGUGGACGCGUUCAGAGCGUCGCGCAGCAGCGACGCCAAGGACGCCCCCAAGGCGGACAAGGCCACUCCGGCGAACUGAAGGCGCUGCCAGUGAACCCGCCCGGCGAGGCGGGGGUGCAUCGUCCUGGAAUAUAAAGACGUUGUCGUGGUCGUUGUUGUGAGGACUUGAUGCGCCUUCAGGCGCGGAACUACUGAUCAUGGGGUGGGAGGGGAGGGGAGGACCCUGACGUCGUCUCAAUGCGAGGUGCUCGACGAGGUGCUCGCCUCGACACGGUGUCCGGGAGCGACGUCUCUCCACCGCCGCUGCGCGGUCGUCUAGGAGGGGAGUCGCCGGCGAAGAUCGCAGGCGCCACAGAACGGCGCGGAAAUCGGCCCGGUAAAAAGUGAAGUUUCUCCCCCCUUCUCUCCUUUCCCUCGGAGCAUACGCAGACGAUUCUUCAUGACAUUUAGCGCAGUAAAUGCAGCAACCCUUCGGUUAUCACUUCAGAGCGAGAGACUAGAAAAAAUUAAAUCUUUAUUACAUUAGUUUUGUGUAAAGGGCGUGGAACAUCUAUGUCCUACUGAGAAAUCGUUUCAGUGUAAUUAUUCUUAUGAGACUAGUAAUGGGCAGCUCGUAGCCUGAGCACCCAUAAAGUUACCCAAGAUCCUUUGCAACAUAUCUCUUGAAAGGUUUCGUGUUUUAUGCCUCAGUAGCAAGUAGCUCUAUUGGCAAUUGAUGGGCGCGGAAGUGUAAGAUCCAUCAGUUGGAGCAAGGGAGCGCUUCAAGUGAUUUAAACCCUCAAAAAGUCUUCUCCAACCAGUAUUUUCAUGUCUUUAAUCCUCCAAAGCGAUUUAAGAGGUUUCUAUUGUUUCUAGGUAAGGAGCCGCCAACUGGCGCAGUACGUAACAAAGUGGCAUUUAUUGGAUAAUUUGUCCACUUUCUCGUUUAGAAAGACAAACUAGGUUUAGAUUUUUAUCAUGAUAGUUUGGCGUACGUACCAUGUACGAACCUAGCUAUCUUUAGGUACAUGUACAAAUAAACCUGUUUUUAAGUAAGCUCGUUUGUAAUUCGAAAUUGUUUAUAAAUAAAAAAGGACAAAACAA